AGAUCAUGUAACUUGUGACGGUGAAGGAUUGACAAGUAUUAGCGAACCCGGGUUCAGCUACAACCAUGAACUGCGUGACCAAUGAGUAUCUUCAGCACCAGAACUCGUAUCUGGGACAGGUCAUGAACAAGGUUCAAAAGCAAAGGCGUCCAUCCAGGACGGGAUCCAAUCCGACACUAACGAUCAACAAGACGAAGUUGCAAGCUGCAGCAAAAGCUGUUAUGACUGACGACUCAUACAACAAGAAAAGUCACACUAGAUUCCAGUCUUUCAAGUUUACUGUUAAAACACUUCACUUCAUUCUUACGACGAUGGUCCUGUUUGUACCGGUUUGGAUUUUCUGUAUGCUCUGCAAAGUUCUCAGCUGUGGCUACUGGAGUCAGGUGUACUCUGAGUACUCAAUAGCCAUCAUCGGCUCCCGCUCUCCUCUAGCAGUUCACCUAGCCAGGCAUUUCAGAAGAAUGGGGUACACGGUGAUAGGUCUGGAGAGUAGGAGGUACAUGUGUGCUCCGCUGGCUUGGUCCAGAGCUUGUGACAAGUUCUACUGGCUUCCCGAUCCUCUUGAUCCUCCUGUAGGAGCAGGACCUGACGUCUAUGUGGAGGCGUUGUGGGGUAUACUACUGGACCUGAAACCAAACAUGCUCAUACCCCUCAACAGGUUCACCAGCUCCGAGGACCAGCAGGCGAUAGAGAAAGUUAAGGAUAUGGUAGACCUACUUAGUAUGGAACCUAUAGAGGUCCUGAAACUGACAGAUGUUAAUACAUUUUAUUCCCGAGCUUCGGACUCUAACUGCAAAACUCCCAUUUACAAGUUGAUAGGCGAAAGAGCAAAGAUAGAGACAAGAGGGUUCAGCAUUGAAGAUCACCCUUUUGUAUACAGAGUCUACCAGAAAAAUGUGUGGGGAGCCAAACUGAUAGAAACGCCUAAAUCUCCAAAAGACGUGAGCACAUUGGUUCAGCACGUGACGAGUCACACUCCCGUUCUCAGAGUGGAAAAGUUCGAGGAACCUGUGGUGUCCCUUUGUUCUCUUUAUGCAAACAGAAGGGCUAUUGCUCAUGCUGUGAGCAGGCGUGAGCACGACGUCAUCAGCACCGUAUCAGAUAGGAACACAGUCCAGAGGAUUACUGAAUGGUCCGAUAUAUUCGUCGAGAGAUACAAUGUGGAUAUCGAGGGUUGGCUUUCAUUUGAUUUCAUGAAGAGUAAGGAGGAUGGAGAGUGGUAUCCGAUCAACUGCAAACCUUGGAUCACGGACUCCUUCGCCCUCAUGCAAGACGUAUCUAAUGACAUUGUAGAGGGAAUAGAACUGACAACGAGAGGAAGAGAACAAGUAGAGGCAGUGAGAGCAGAAGAGGAGGCACAGAUAAGAUGCUCCGCACAAGACCUCAUCACCGGGUUUAGGAAACCACACAGACUCAUAUCUUGUAUUUUUAAUUUGAUCUCAAACAUUCCGCAUACAGACAUUUUAUUCAAGGCAUCUGAUCCCUUCCCGUUUUUUGCCAUGUACUUUAUAGACUUACCUAUGCAUUUGUGGUUAUAUUGGCGAACAGGAAAGGUUUGGCAAAAGAUUGAUUAUUUCAACAAUAUUGUACAAUAGCGAGUUCUUGAUCAUUGUAGUACUAGUAGUUUUGGGAAAAAUUUUUCAGAUGCAGACAAUUUUUAAUGAAUAUAUCUUUGAGAUGUAAGCUUACCUCUUCAAUGCUCUGUAAUUAUUUCAUCUCCUAAAUAAUUGAGGGGCGUGUUAGUAGUUGGCAUAUGUUUGCUCCGUAAGUGGUUAACGUCAUGGUACAUGUAUUUACUAAAACUUUGGUGCGUCAUUCUGUAGGGUUUAAAUACUUCAGCAGCUUAAAUGGCUUAAUGGAUAAAGGAAAUGACGUUAGUUUGGGGCGUUCUCGAUGAGGCAUUUGUGGUAAUUUUAAUAGCUGAUAAAAGAACUUUUAAAAGGAGAGAUUUAUAUAUUAAUGGGUCUCUAUCUCCAUUGACCAUCUUGUUUUCUCUUUUUUUUUCGUCUGCCAUUUUAUUCUUUUAUCACAUUUAACAAUAAUUGCGUUGUCGUUAUUGACUAUAACAGUCAUUGGAUCAAAUUCUCCUGUUUAGUGUUCCUAAAGAUUUGUGCCCUUGAGGUGUUUGACAUUUCUUGCUUAAAUAUGGACGGUGGCUAUAUAUAGUUUUACCUCACAAGUCACACAUUGCGAUCCAUUUGGAAACUUACGAUUUGAGCGUAAAAACUGAAGUUCAAAAUCGUGAAUCAGGGAAUCGUGCACCACAUACUUAGCUUAGCACUCAAUUAGUUCAUAUUUAGUGAAGUUAUAAUUUGUAAAAAUUAUUCCUGGCAUAGAAUCGGUAUAUAAUUAGCAUUUUCGUUACACCAUUUAUU